AUGAAGCCUGCCUUCUCUCUCAAACACCUGUUCUCAUUCUUUGUAUUCUUGUUUUUCUCCUUCCAUGUCACAACUGGUGACACUAAUCACAUCCCUGAAGCCUGCAACAUAUGUGCCAGAGAUGAUUCAAAUCCAAAUGCAAUGCUCAAUUUCUGCACAAAUUCCCUUCAAGCAGUCCGGGGAGCGGACCGCGCCAGCCGCCAGGAACUUGGGAAGAUGACAAUGAAGCUACUAAAAAAUCAUGCGAACGACACAAAGUCUUACAUCAAACAGUCGCUGAAGGAGAAGAAACUUGAUCCGAAUAUCAAGUCAUCCAUGAAUUCUUGCUUGGCAGAAUACAAGGCUCGUGCUAAACCCUCCAUAGAUAAGGCAUUGCAAGCCUACAAAUAUGGGCAAUAUAUAGAUGCUCGUUUUGAGAUCACUGUAUUCAUGAAGGUUACUGCAGCUUGUGAAGUGGGGUUCAUGCAAAAGAAUGUUGCUUCUCCAUUCACCAAGAGAAUUGAGGAUGCCCUUCAGCUGUCUUCACUCGCAUUGUGCUUUAUAGAUAAGGUGAUCAUACGUUGA